CCGAAAACGUAGGAAAACUAUGCCACAUCGAUCAAGUGAGCGUUGGUUUUUCAUCGCAUUUUUGGCGGCAUGGAACCUUUUAAGUGGUUUCGGGUUCUACGCCUACGUUCUGGAUUGUUAUGUAAAUUAUCCACCCGAGCACCAGCGAAGGCAGUUCAAAUAUCACACUUUUGCCGGAACCAUUGACAGAGAUAUAGUUAUUGGAACUACUGUCGUAAUGCUAUGCCAGAUAGUAUCUUCGAUUCUAUUGUGCUUUGCACUGAAUGAGAAAAAAAGAAUAUGUCUUAUUUACGGAAUUUUCAUGAGCAUGACUUUUCCGUGUGCUUGUCUUCCGGUUUGGCCUUUAGCUGUCACUCAUGUCAGCCUUGUUUUGAUUGUACUGAGUUAUUACUUUGGGUAAUUCGAAAAAAUUGUAAAAAUGGUAAUUUGAAAUUAUAAGUUACUUGCAAACGAUUCAGUUUGGUCCCGAACCUACUUAAUAA